AUGGCUCACAGCAACAUCUGGAACUCCCACCCCCGUGGUUAUGGCAAGGGCUCCCGCGAGUGCCGUGUCUGCACCCACCCCGCUGGUUUGAUCCGCAAGUACGGCCUCAACAUCUGCCGUCAGUGCUUCCGCGAGAACUCUGCCGCUAUUGGUUUCACCAAGGUUUUGACAGCGAACUUGGCAGACUAUGAAUUUGCUCUCGCGCCCAACAUGAGGAUCCUCUGUGUUGCGGAAAAACAUGCUAUUGCAAAGUCAGUAGCCCAGAUACUCUCUGACAACCACUUCCAGACGAGGGAGACGGGCGACCAAUUUACAAGGAACCUCGAGUUUACCUACCGGUUUCCGAACAACAGCAUGGCUCAGAUCGUCAUGACCUCUGUCCGUGGACACCUCUGCACUACCGACUUUCCGGAGCAAUACAGGAAAUGGAGCAGCUGCGCUCCUGUCCAGCUAUUUGAACUCAACAUUGAAAAGAAACCAUCAGCAGACCUUGCGGCACUAGAGCGGAACCUGGCACAUGAAGCACGGAAUGCAAACCAGGUCAUGAUUUGGACGGAUUGCGAUCGCGAAGGAGAAAAUAUCGGAGCCGAGGUCGCUCAAGUCUGCAGGCGAAGUAACCAACAAAUCGUUGUAACAAGAGCAAGAUUCAGCUCAGUCACACCAGCACAAGUCGACGCUGUAGAUGCCAGGAUGGAAUUGGACUUGCGAGUAGGCGCGUCAUUUACUCGUUUUCAGACACUAAGUUUCCAGGACUGGUUCCCCGAUCUAAAGGACGGUGUUGUCAGCUAUGGACCUUGCCAGUUCCCCACAUUGGGGUUUGUUGUGGAUCAAUACAGAAGAGUCGAGAACUUUAUACCCGAGUCGUUUUGGAAGUUGGAGGUGAAGCACAACAAGGAUGGUGUCGACGCAAACUUUGUAUGGCAGCGCGGACAUUUGUUUGACCAGUUGGCUUGUUUGGUCAUAUAUGAGGCGUGCAUGGAGACACCGGGACCAACCUUCCGCAUCAACAGGGUGAAAUCAAAACCGACCUCAAAGUACAAACCAUUACCACUGACGACUGUUGAACUUCAAAAGAGCGGAUCAAGGCUCCUCUCCAUGUCUUCUGACAGGAUCAUGACCGUCGCGGAAGGGCUAUACACGCAAGGCUGGAUCUCAUACCCAAGAACUGAAACGGAUCAGUUCGACCAAAACUACGACCUGAUGGGACUUGUUCAGAGACAAACUCACAAUGGCCAAUGGGGCAGGUUUGCUCAGCGAUUGGUGGAGGGGGGAUUCAGGAACCCACGAAGGGGCAAGGAGAACGAUCAAGCGCAUCCACCUAUCCACCCUGUCAUGCACACCGAGAACCUAGCCGGUGACGAGAAGAAAGUAUACGAGUACAUCACCCGGCGAUUCCUAGCAUGUUGCUCGGAGGAUGCCAAGGGUGAUCAGACGGAUAUCGAUGCGGUCAUUCAUACAGAGACGUUCAAAGCGACGGGACUCAUCAUCAAGGAGCGCAACUACUUGGACGUUUAUCCCUACGACAAGUGGUCAGGAACGGUACUCCCCAACUUUGAGGAAGGCGAGGAGUUUAUACCCACCGAGUUCAUGAUGAAACAUGGAGCCACCCUCAGUCCUACGACUAUCACGGAAAGUCAGCUUAUCGCCCUGAUGCACAAGAACGGCAUUGGCACGGAUGCGACUAUUGCUGAUCACAUCAAAACUAUUAUUAAUCGGGAGUAUGUCGUACGACACAAGCAAGGCAAUGAGUUUCAAUUCACUCCUUCAACACUUGGGAUUGCUCUUGUCGAAGGCUACGACAACAUUGGCCUCGACAUGAAUGCUCAGCGGCCUCCGCCGGGCCCAGGGCAGGGACCUAGGAACAAUGGAGUACGCAAUGCCGGAGGUGGUGGAGGCGGAGGCGGCGGAUUUGGAGGGGGUGGUGGAGGUGGUGGAGGCGGUGGAGCAGGUGGUGGCGGUGGAAGCAAUGGCUUUCAAUCAUUUGCACCGAAACCUACGGCACCCAUUGUUAAUCAGCAGCAGCAAGGGUUUCCAAGUCGUCAAGGCGGAGCCGUGAUGAACGCAUUCCGGGAAAACUUGGGAUCAGGGAACAGUACGGACUCAAAACCGAGAUGUGCCUGUGGACUGGUGGCCAAGGAAGUAGCGUCGUCAAAGAAUAACGGACGGCUGUUCUUUGCAUGUUCCAAGCAUCAGUCCAUCGCCUGCAAGUUCUUUGCGUGGGCAGAUGAAGUCAACCCGGCGGCUAAUAGUGGACCAUGGACUGCUGGUGGAGGACAGCCUCAGGCACCACAACAUUACGGUAACAACUCAUACAGCAAGAGUAGCACCAGCCGUAGCGGCUCAUCGUCAAAAGGAUCCUCUUCCAAAUCAACCACCAAACGCGCGUCAAAGUCAGGGAUCACAGCUGUUCGUAUCGGCAAGAAAUCUCGUCCUAUCUGA